AUGUCUUCUCAAUUUGGUGAAUAUUACAACAAUUACCAACCGAACGAAAAUCAACAAUAUACCAAUGACAUGUCUCAAACUUCUGGUGUACCAAGUAUUAAUAUAGGACAGGAUAAUGAUACUAUUGCUGGAAUCAGUAUUAAAAGGGAGAAUUUUGAUAAUCUUUUAGGUGGAUCUUUUGAUAUUAAAAAACAAUUGUCACAAUCAUUAAACAAUUCAGGAUCUGGUAUUAUUAGUGGUGGAGGUAUUUCCAAACCACAUUCAAGACGAAAUUCAACAUAUAUAAAAUCACAUGAAGGUAGUGAGAACGAAGAUGAUAAUCAAGAUAAUAAUGAAAAAGAUGGCGGUAAUGAACGAAAACGUAGAGAUAAUAUUAAUGAUAAGAUUCAAGAAUUAUUAACUUUAAUUCCUCCUGAAUUUUUCCAAAAUAAUAAUAAUAACAACAACAAUAAUAAAGAUAGUAAAUCAAAAACAGAUAAUAAAUCACGAAAAGAAGAAAGUCCAGAAGAUGAAGCAGCUAAGAAUUCAGGUACUAAAGAUGGGAAACCAAAUAAGGGGCAAAUUUUAACUAAAUCGGUUGAAUAUUUACAAUACUUGCAGAAUUCAAUUGAUGAAAACAAUAGAAAGGAAGUUGAAUUGAUUAUGCGAUUGAAAACUUUAGAAUUGAAAGCUUCAAAUCAACCUACACAGAAUAUACCAAUUCGAAUCGGAUAUACUAGUGCAGAAAAAGCUUUGGGUGAGAUUGGAGUUGGUCCAUGUUCUGAACAAUACUUUAAAGAUGUUUUGGUUAAAGCUGCAAGUACAAGUAAGUCAGGAAGAAGAGGUAGUACCUCUGGUUAA